CAUCAGUAUCAGUGAAUUCUGCUGUGGAUUCUGGAUUACAAUACUUAAGAAGUUCUUCUAUAGGUUCAUCAGCUCUAAUGAAGUUGAAGAUGAUAUACCCAUGGUUUGGAUUGAGAGAGGGCAGAGGAUCCAUUAUAAAUCAGAAUCAAGCUCUGAAGGAAGUAACGAUGAACUCUUUGAACAACUUGACAGAGCGAUGGCAGAGGCUACAAAUGCAAAAUGAGAGGCAUAUGAAGAGUGGAUCCAUCAUCAAAAAGAUUCCUUUGAACUUUGUUGAAGGAAGUAAUGAUGAACUGUAUGAACAACUUGACAGAGUAACGGCAGAGGCUGCAAAUGCAAAACGAGAGGCAUAUGAAGAGCAGAUCAACUGUCAAAAAGCUGAAAAAAUUGCAACUGAUGCCACUUGCAGAGUUAAAGCACUUGAGGAGGAUCUAAGGCGGAGAAAGGGUCUUGAGGAACCACUAGCUAAAGAAAAGGAAGCACUUGAAAUGACGAAGAACCAACUCGACGGAGUCACAGAGGCUAUUGGAGAAUGCACUGGAGCAUCUUACAAACCAAGCAAGUGAAUC